CAGAGAAUUUCUGGGGGAAGGGGCUUUAACCCCCUGCUGAUGUGAGACGGCUUGGUUACGUCUAGCGUACACGCGUAGGCAGCUCCUACCAUAAAAUCAGGCCAUUUGUCCGGGUCAGUCAGAAGAAGUCAAUUUCUCUUCAAGGUCAACCUGCCCUAAAAAAGACAAAAUGAUUUCUGGUUUUCCACUGCUGUUAUUACAGUUUUAAUUUCUUUGAUGUGCCUCGUUGCUCAAUGUACAGCUCAGGCUGACUGUUUAGCUCUGGCAAAUGCUGGUGACUGUGAUUACUAUCAAUGCUUGAAUGAUAAAAUGCGGUGUACUUCCAAUGACUAUCCUCUCAAUUAUGGCAAAAAGUAUUGUCUCAGAUUUGCUGAUAAAUCAAGUUGCUUCACAACAGCAGGUCAAAAAUGGAUUAAUGAUGUUCGUAGAUGUCUAAUGCAAUCUGCUGUUGACAGUUAUAAUGACAGCACUACUUGUGAAAAGCUGAAAGAAUUCGCAUUUGAUAGUCAUCCUCCAUGCUAUGUUGAUAAUGGAUUUUGCACAGAUAUAUUGCUCUCAUUUCAAAAUCUUCGCUGUCUUGCAUCUGAAGUUUUUAUAUUCCGUGACUUUAAAGAUAAGAAGGCACUUUACCAGAUUAUAACAACCUUUGGUCUGUGUGGUCGAAACCUAAUUUCUUCAUUUAUUAAUUUGUUCAGGAGUUCUGAAGUAUCUACGUCUGAUUCUAGAUCUAAUAAUUUUAUUUCUGCUAUAUACAAUUAUUUAAAUUGUCCAGGAAGUUAUGAUUUUGUCAUUAUAUUGGAUUCUUCUGGUAGUAUUGGACCCACUAACUUUCAGCAAAUGAAAAACUUUGUUGCAACCAUGCUGUCUAGCUUUACCAUUGGACCAGAUGACACUCGAGUUGGAGUCAUUCGUUACUCUGAUAGUUCAUCAAUUGUUAUCCCAUUAGGUUCCAUUAAUACUUAUUCACAAUUGGCUACUGCUGUCAGAAGCAUACCAUACACUGGAGGAUAUACUUAUACUAACUUAGCAUUGGAUCAAUUAACUACAGCAUUUGCUACUGCUCGUGUUAGUGAAGGAAUCCCUCGUGUAGUUGCUGUUCUUACUGAUGGACAAUCGAAUGAUCCUUUAGCAACAGUACAAGCUGCUCGAGUUAAUAUGUGCAUGCACUAA